UCUAUUAACAAGUAAAUUGGACCACUAAAUCGUUUACAAUAAUAAAAUAAUAAGAGUUACUAAAUAAUAAAUUCACACUAAGAAAAUAUUCGAUCUAAAAUAACCCAUUUAAUUUUUUUUUUAUGUGUCAAUCUUAAGUUAAAGUUAUUAAAAUAAUGAGUUGAAUUUGAUGAACAUCACUAUAUAUAAUAUUAAUAUUCAUACCUUUGCCCCUUCAAAGUACUUUCCCUCAUAACACAGAUCGGAUCGUGACUGGGGUCGAUAUAAAUUUGGUGUUGUAGUGUGACAGUAAUUAGUUGAGCACUUUCACUAAAAUUAUCUGAAAAGUUUAAAACAAAGAGAGAGAGCAAACUAUAUAUAUGGCUUCUUCUACUACUCAGCCUAUUAAUUCUAAGGUGUUCCAAGCUGCAGCCAAUGGUGAAAUUGAAGUGUUCAAGAAUAUAAUUCUACUCAAUAACAACCAAUUUAGCCUUGACCAAUUAUUGACCCCAGAAAAAAAUACAAUUGCCCAUGUCAAUAUCAUUGCUUCAAAAAAUGGUACACCUUCUUUUCUAGAAGGGGUACUCGAGUUAUGUCCACCCCUAUUGGCGCGAACCAAUGUAAGAGGAGAGACUCCCUUACUCAUGGCCGCAAGGUACGGCCAUGAUCUUAUUGUUGAGUUUCUUAUUAAUCGUUCUAAACUACUUGAACAGUCUGAUCUUGAGAAGGCCACACUUGGUGUGGAUAAAGAGUUUGGUAAAUACAUGAUGAGACGAAGGAACAAGGAAUUGGACACUGCGUUGCAUGAGGCUGUGACGACGAAGCUAGAAAUUUAGUUGAGUGAGGGCUUGAAUAAAUAUUAAGUCAAAACUAAUAAAAAUAAUGAUAAAUGUAUCUUUUAAAUUUUCAUCUUCAAUAAAAUAAAAUAAUACUAUUGACAAAAAUAAAAUAAAAUAUUGUCAAUGGUAUUAAUUUAUUUUUUAAUAAAGUAUUAUUUUUUUUA